AUGGGUCAUGCAAUCGGACCCAGUAAUGACCAGAAGUUUAAUAAUUUUAAGGGAGCUGUAAAAAGUGAACUCAGCCAAGGCACACCAAAAUGGACCAGGAUAACCCAGCACAAUGAUCCGUAUAAUUUGUCUUUCUGUUUGCAAUGCCCGUGUGACUGUGAUUAUUUCAAUUCGCGCACGUCUCACUUUUUGCUUGCAAUUCGUUUGAUCGGAAUCGGUAAUGGACGAGGGGCAUCGCUUUCAGCAUCUGCAUGUCACAUACCUGCGAGAAGUCUGCAUCUUUCCAAACACUCCGAGAAGGUGAAUCUGUGUUGGGACUUCGUCUUUUUUUUGGCUCCUCGGUGCACCUUUGCACAAGGGUGUGGCGGCGUGCGGUGCUCCUUCAGCCGCUGCCCGGCUCCCUCCUGCUGGCGGAGCGCUGACCUUGGCGAGCGCUGUUGGAAGUGCCGGAAGUUGCCGAUGUUUCCCGAUGUUUGGCGGACGGGUGACUCACGGUUCCAAGAUGGAGGAGAGCUGGUAGAGGUGGCGGCGAUCGCUGCUCGCUCCCUCCCUCUCUUCCUCUUUCUCCGCUGCGGGAGUUGGCGGCUGCCGGCCGGGCUCGGGCUCGGCCUCGGGAUCGGGAUCGGCGACGCAACGGGGAGGAUUGUAACCGGGCAGUCCGAGGAGGAAGAGGAAGAGGGAGGCCGCCGCCAUCGCCAUGAGCUGCGCAGAGGGGGCGGAGGACGCGGCCGGAGACGCCGAUAUCGCCGCGUUUUUCCGAUCUGGUUUUCGUAAAAAUGAUGAGAUGAAGGCAAUGGAGGUCCUUCCAAUACUGAAGGAGAAGGUUGCAUUCCUCUCAGGU